CUCUGACUGCUGCUUCUUGUCGAACAAUGUGUGGCGGUAGCUGGAGCCCUACUGGGUUCAUUUCAACAGAAACGACUAUGAGAAUGGCUUCUAGGCUUCAACGACAAGCCCCAAGUGUUUCCCAGUCCAACAACUUCAUCGUCGGUCCGAAAUACAAAAUUGCAAGGAUUCGAAUCCAAGAUGUCGUUGUGGUUCGUCGGGCCGCCCACCUUGAAGUCCAGCUUUUUCAAUCCAUGGGAAAUCGAGCUCUGGCGGCGCCCGAUUCUGGAGCAGACCGGCGAGUUCGAAUUCGUGGCUCAGUGAACAGAGCUCGUCCGGUUUGAAUAGUUCUAGAAUGGCAGCGACGGAGGAGCUCGGUGAUACCUGGAGAGGCAGUGGUGGGAGUCGGAGGUGGCGGUCUGGCUCUUCCCCUCCCUCGUCGCCUGUGAACCAUCAAAGAAAUGGAGGAGGAAGAAAGUCGGGACUUGGGAGGAAGAUGAUAUUUUGG